CAACACGCAUUUCUGACGACAACACAACAGAAAGAGAGAAGCAGAAGAAGAAGCAGCAGAAGAAGCAAGACAACAACGGCAGUGAUGAAGUUGACUGUGAAGCAGACGAGCGGGGAGCCGCUGGAGGUGACGGAGUGUGAUGGCGCCGACGACGUGUCCAAGCUGAGGGCCACCCUGGCUAUCAAGCUCAGCAAGAAGGCCGAAGACAUUCGCAUUAUCUUCUCUGGUCGCAUCCUCAAGGACGGCAAGCCCUUGUCCGAGUACAAGCUCAAGGAUGGAGCCACCCUCCAUGCUGUCGUGACGUCUCGCCCAGAGACCAAGACCGCCGAGCCUCCUGCUCAGCCUUCCCCAUCAUCCCUCUUCCGUAAGCGUUUUUCUGGUGGGCAGCAAGUUCCUCGCGCCGUCUUUGAUGAUGCCAUCCGCCUCAUGAAUGGCGAGCGGCUGGAGCGGCGGUAUCCGAUGGUACAGCUCAGCGCACCCUUCCCCGAGAUCCCAAUCCCCGGCCACACCCCGUCCCACCGGCCCCGCCAACAACAGCAGCAGCAACAGGCGGCACCUGGCAGCAGCAGUGGUGGUGGCAGUGGGGAUAUGCUGACACCACCACGGCCGCUGCACGAGUACGUGACGCGCUCGCAGAUUUCAGACGCGCUGCGCGUGGCGCUCGGUGAUGAGAGCAGCGGCCGCACCGACGGCGAUGAUGGCGACAAGAAGGAUGGCGCCAACGCGAUGGACGAGGACAAGGACAAGGACGAGGGGAAGGACAAGGAGGAGGGGAAGGACAAGGAGGAGGGGAAGGACAAGGACGACAAGGACGAGGAGAAGGAUAAGAAGAAGGAGGGAGGUGAUGCCAGCGGUGGACAAAUGGACACGCAAGCCGACACCACGACGCAGGGCGCCACCAGCACCACGACGGCGGCAGAAGGGGCGGCACCACCAACGACAACACCAGCGACUGGUGGUGGCGGGCAGCAGCCAGCGGCGGAGCGAUACGCAGACCAGCUCAAGCAACUCAGGGAGAUGGGAUUCACCGACGAACAGACCUGCAUCCAAGCCCUGGAGCGUGCCAACGGGAGCAUCAACAUCGCACUGCAGUUCCUCUUUGGCUGAUGCCAUAAUCAUGAGGGGAGUGCCAUCUCAUCGCUGUAUUGCUGCGUCACACACCACUUCCACACGCACAAAGCACCGCACGAAACGCACCCAGGCACCACCCCCCCCCCUUGUGAGUUCGCUCCUGCGUGAUGGCAACCAACCAACCAACCAACCAACGAAGUCCCACAUGAAGCAAAAUGACCCACUCAAGC